AUGAACUUCUCGCCCGAGCUCAGCGUAGCUCUUCAGCGGAUCACAGCCUGCAACAACAAUGACAGAUUGGCGAGCGUGGUCCGUGGUGAUUUGCUCAAGAGUUUGCAGGAAUCGAACGAUGCUGUUUUGCACGCCCACGAGGCCUGGAUGCAGCUGGAGAUGCUGGGCACAGACGUGAACUGGAUCGGGGGAGUUGUUGACUUGUUUGACAAAGAGAGUUUGUUCAAGGCCUUCAAGGACUCCAAGCUCCUGACGCGUGACCGAGUGGUGUGGCAGGCGAUUGGGCGUUUUCGCAAUCCACUGGACAUGCAGCUGACCAUGGACUACUUGUCGGAACUGGUCAGCAACAAUAACACCCAAGUGUCUCAGCUUCGGAAUUCAUACUACAAGAUUCAGUCUGACAUGGUGCUUCAGGUCAUGCGUGACUACUAUUCGUGGGAAAGGUUUGCACUGCAGAUCUUCAGCAACUACGAGGAUGAUGACGUGCAGUUCGUCUUGUUUAACCUCAGUCGCUUCAUGGAGCUGAACAUGGCGGACCUAUACACCUCUUUGAUGCAGUCGCCCUUCAUCGUUGCUGAUGCGCUGUCCAGGGCAGCGCAUGACGGGGUGCCUGUGCGGCACGCUGGCAGCGGGGCACAUAGCCUCUCCGACACAGCAAGCCUCUUUCAGUCCUUGGCAAGCUUGGGCCGGGACUUGUCUUAUCCCGACUUCCUGGAUCCUGUGAAGGAUGCCAUUCACAGAAGCACGCAGUCCAGCUUGCGUGCCAUUCAGCACUCUGUGACCGCAUGGUCCUUGCUCCAUCAGGAAGCUCCCGGCAGUGGAGUCCUGACUUCCGACGACGGCCAGCGGAAGUUUCGAGACCUGGACUUCGUCAUGCGGCAAGAACUUUUGUGCACAAGCUUCGCCUUCCUUGGUGCAAACGGCUUAGCUGACUUUGGCCUUGUGGAGCAGGUUCUGCGACAGCACGGGGGGCUGAAGGACGGGCCGAAUGACACCGUGGAUGGUUUGGUCGCCAAGCUAAGGACAACGCACUCACACAUGCAGAAGCACUUUCUCCAAGAGCUCAUCUGCUCGGAGAACGUUUGGUCCCGCAGUAUCAAGAAGAUUACACAGCUUCAGGCCAAGGAGACCCGUGGGCAAAACUGA